AGUUUCGCUUGCAACGUGUUGAGUGCAGUGCAGUGCAUCGAUUUGAGUUGACCGCGUUGCACGAGACCGCGCCACGUGGAAAAUAGGUCAACAGGACAGGGCAUCGCAUCCCAGCCAGCAAUGUCACCGAUCAGCGGCCUUGGGGCCGGGAAACCGCCAUCCGCCAUGGCAGUGGCAGCUGCUACUAAUAAUUCUCCGAGGCUCGGUGAUGGCAUCAUAAAUCAAAAGACUGAGUCAUCCAUGCUGCCAAUGGGGCCGCCGCCGGAAGUGCCAAGCGCUGGCCUGCAGUUUCCGCUGUGCCGAUGGGUCACGCGUUCGCGGUUCCCACCGAAUCAGUCAGAGCAGCGCCGUCAGUGUCAGUGCCACCAAAAUGCCAAAAAGAACACGCCACCAAGAGGAAUAUACAAACAAUAUGUGCACCCAGCAGACGCUCAAAAGUUUCCCAUGCAAAGAAAUGUUUACCAGGUGAAACGGCGCUGCUUUCCCUUGCGUCUCUCCCGGGGAGCGGCUGCUCCCAGCCUUUCCGUUUCGGAGGAAUUCAAGAGAUUUCCCAUCCGAUCUCAGGUGCCUGACGCCUCGAUCACUCUCACCUUUCCCGAACUGGGCCAAAUACCGAAGAGGAAUGACAGUUCUGCAAUUCGGCAAGCAGCCAUGACCACAACCACAGCGAUGACUCGACGGGGGCAGAUGCGGGUGCCACCCGCGGCGAAGGCGCCCCAAGAAUUUCCCAUAAUUAAAAAACGAUUUGUUAGCUUUCCCAAUCAUCAUCGAACGAUGGUCAAUGGCCAGGGCGACGGCGGGGGGCAUGGAGAUCCAAGCGGUGGGAUAAAGAUGCUGUCGUGGCCAACGGAUGUGGUGCCCACACCACCACCAACAACAACAAUGACGCAGAUGAGCCGCGACACAAUCCCCAAAAUAGACACGGAUCCGCAGUGGACAGGCGGAGAAGGUGCUGCCGCUGCCGCCUCCGCUGCCGCCGCCGCUGCUGUCUCCGUGAACGCCACAAAUGAUGAUGAUGAUGAUGUACAUAAGGUGUUUGAUAAUGAACUCGAACCUCAUGGGCGUCGGCCGGGGGAGACAGCAGCAGCAGCAACAUUAAACUUGAACGUGCCCGAUGCCGAUGCCGAAGGUGUUGGCGAGCAGAAGGAAAUCGAGCAUCAACAGGCGGAAAAUUUUAAUGACGCCUUCGGCCAGCGACACGACCACAACGACAGCGACGGCGACGGCGACGGCGACUACGCCAUGGAUGUGGAUGUGCCCAAAAAUAAACACGAAAUAUGCGAGCAAAGCAAAUUAGAGAAGGUCUUUGGGGAGGCGGAGGCGGAGAUGGAGCAUGGGCGGGCCGAAGAUCAUAAUGAGCUAAAUAUGACUAAAGAGGGGAGCAACAAUUUAGCACAUGAAGAGCAGCAGCCACCACAGCAGAGGCAGAGGCAGAGGCAGCAGUCAAUAUGUUUAGCCGGGGAGCAAACAAUAGAUGGGAAUGGGCAUGAGGCGACGGCUGCCUCCACCAGCGCCAGCAGCCACAGCAACCACCAGCGGCAGCAGCAGCAGCAGCGGCUGCGGCGGCAGCUGCCCGUCGAUCUCUCAGACGCGCGCGAAACGUCGCCAAAGCAAGUGGACGAUCCGAAUCAGAUCCGAAUUCCGACUCAUAUUCGUCUAAUCGACGGCGCCAGCAGUCACGUUCAAUCGGAGCACGGAUCAUUGGGCAGUCGCAGUCGCAGUCCCAGUGCCGGGCCAGAGACAGUAACGCGUCCAAAUAUAGAACUACUGAAGAGUUCCGUUCGCGCUUUCCUCGCAGAGGGUGCCGUCGCCAGCCGCACCGCAGCGCCACCGCAGCUCGACUUUGAGCUGAUUGAUCUGCUGACCGACGCAAUCGAGUUCCUGUGCGAACCCACCACAACGGGCAACCUUUGGAGCGCAGCUGAGCCACAGGCAGAGGCAGAGGCAGAGAUAGAGACAGAGGCAGAGCCAGAAGCGGGAGUGGGAGUGGAGCAGAGUGCGGACAUGACUGUGAGCAAAGUGAGCGAGGAUCGGGACAGUGAAACAAUCGUCGUUGCCGACGUUUAUCUCGACCAAGUCGAUCAGCCCACCGAGGUGGAUGACAACAACAACAACAGCAGCGGUAGCAACAACAGCAGCGGUAGCCCUGUCAAUGCCAGCAGCGAGAUGAAGUACGAACUGAAGACUGCAUCCACUGCAACACUGCCAAGCAGACGUCUCCCCACCACCGUCCUGAGCAGCACCCCCCUGAGCAGCACUCCAAUACCAGGAGUUCCUACACUGGCAGCCCCGCCCACAAGUCGCUUCCAUCAGCCGACCAGUCGUCUACGCAAUGCGGAUGCAGUGCCUGCCCCCAUCACACCCCUCCUGCUGGGUGAACAGCUGAAGCGCAGCUCCGCCAGCCGCGACGACAUCUCCAUAGACCCCGAGUCAGUGCUGCCAGAGCGGACGCGUCUGCGUCGACAGCGGCGCAUGCGCUCGCAGGACUCGGUGGAGGAGAAGCCCGAGGAUGUCAUCGAGCGGCUGAACAAGCUCAAGGCCCGCAUAUCGGGAGCGCUCAGUGAGGUCAAGGGCGUUCUCAAGCAGUACAGCACCGAGAGCGAGGCGGAGGCCGCCGGCGAGAAGUGGCUGGGGCCACCAGCGUCACCGUCACCCAAACCAGCAGCUGAGAGCGAUAGUGGAGCAGCAGGAACAGCAGCAGGUACUCCUCCGGUGACAUUCCGUUUUGUGAGCAAGGUGCGACGUCGCAGCUACUUUGACGAGGCAGAGGAGGAGAAGGAGAAGCAGCAGGAGCAGGAAAAGGAAGCCACUAAAGAAGACGUCAGGGAGAAUCAUGAACCGAAACCUGCCAGAGAUCUCAAAGAGCAAAAGGAUGAGCCAAAAACCGCCGAAAGCCAAGAAAAUUCAACGGAGAUCAAGUCAACAAAAACUGAGGAACCUGCAACCAAACCCCAAGAUGAAGGCCUGAAAGCUUCAGCUGCCUCUUCGGAGCCACCGCCGGUCAAUGGAGAGCCAUCCAAGGCGAAAGUGCCAGAGAAGAGCAAAGCCCAGGCCAAAAUGGACUUCCUGGCCAAAGUGCAAAGUGAACUGAGGGCAAAGUCCGUGAAAGAACCUAAGCAAUCUCCCAGAGCGUCCGCCACCCCAGAGGAGACCCCGACACCAGCGGAACCCGCACAAAAACCAACAGAAGAGCCAACGCCAACCGCAAUCGCACUGCCAAAUGAGUCAGCCACGCAGCCAGCGGCCAAUUUGGAUGCGCCAGCGAGCGUCAAGACCGUCAAGACCGUCAAAAGGAAAGUCGUGGUAAAGGCAAAGGUGAAUCCCCGACGCGCCUCAAUUGCAGCGGUGGAGCCAUCCAAGAUCAAGAUCGAGCCGGCAGUCGAGCAGAUCGAUGCACUCAUCGCACAAAGGCGACCCUCCGACUCGGAGGCGAUUGUCAAGCGCAAGAAGAAGCAGAAAUUAAUGAGCAGCAUUGCAGCAGCAGCAGCAGCGCCAUUAACUUCCGGCAAUCAGAAGGAGGCGGCAACGGGCACGGCGGACUCUAUAGCCGAGGAGACAGCGGUCAAGCCAGAACCCCUGGCUAUAGCAAAAAGUGAACAAUUGGCGACGGCAGAGGUCAAUGCGGUGGCAGCUAAAAGCGAAACGAAAUCGGCUGCCAAAAGCCGCCAAGGAGAUGAAGCGGCGACGAGACCAGCGACAAGUGCCACUGCAACAGAAGCAGAAGCUGCAAAGGCCCAGCCAAAACGAUUGCAGAUCGAUGAGGCUGCUGCCCCUGCGAUUGCCAAUCAAGCGCCAGCCAGCGGACGAGGCAGACGCGCAAGCCUGAAACUAGCGGAGUUGGUAGGCGAGACGGUGCUGGUGGUGCCGGCAUCAAGUGCAUCCGCAGCCACAUCCACAGCCACAUCCACAGCCACAUCCACAGCCACAUCCCCGCCCACGAGCAGCCCAGACCCAGCAGCGACAGUGCCUGCAAUUAUCAGCUCAUUAAGCGAGUCCAAAGAACCCAUUAAUCAGUCGGCAGUUGUACCGGAGAUUGCCAUUCCUUUCGAGACGCAGGUGGAAGCAACGCCCCAACAGGUGGCCAUCGCUGCUGACAUUGAAGGCGCCGCCAGUGCCGCCAGUGCCGCCUCCGUCGUCGACCAGUCAGCGCCACAAAUAGCAGCGACAUUGAGCGAAGUGCCGCACGAAGAGUCAUCGUUACAGCAACAACCAGAGCCGCAGCUGCAGCCACAGCAGAGCCAAUCCGGGGAAGCUACAAAAGACAACGCACAGGCGCAUACUGGCAACAGUCUUGCCACCAUGCCGGAGCUGAAAGUACUUGCGGGCCCGGUGCAGCCCGUGAAGAUCGAGACCGUCGAGCAGCCGCACGAUGGGGACAAGGACAAGUCGGAUCACCUGUCCGUCAUCAAGAAGAAGUCUGCGCCGCACCUCAAGAAGCUGGUGCGCAAGAAUUCCAUAGACAAAGCGCGGGAGAAGGACAAGGAGGAGCCCCAGGACACCAGAAAGCUGAGCAACAUACUCCGCGACAAGAACAAGAUCAGCGAGCUCUCCUCGAGAAUCAACAAGCUAACGCCACCCAAGAAGCAGGUCAAGCAGGGCCAACUCGAGCCGGCGCCUGUCGCCCUGCCGGAACAGGAAAAUGUGAAGGCCGAAGGAGAAGCUCCAAGCGGGGAGAUCGACCAAAUCGAACCCGAGCCAGAGCCGGAGCCGGAGCCGGAGCCAGAGCUUGAGGCAGAGCCGCCCACUCCCCCGCCAAAGAAGCCGCGCAAGAUCAAAAAGAAGGUGAUCAUCAAGCGGCAGAAGCGACGCCUCUCCAUCAGCGACACAUUCUUCAUCCAGCCGGAGCCGGAGGAGCCCAAGGAGCCCGAGAUCGAGACCAUCGAGAAGGCCAUCGCCUAUGUGACCGACGACGAGGACGACAAGCAGCAGCCGGACCAGGAGCAGGAGCAGGAGCCAGUGCCGGCCAAGCCCCUGAAGUCCUGCCUGCACGUGCGCGAAUACAAGAUCGGGGAUCUGGUGCUCUACGCGGAGCGCUUUCGCAAGACGCAAGUGCGCUGGAAGCGCGGACGAGUCCUCGACAGGAUUACGGGCAUCUCGUACAAACUGGAGAUCGAGGGCAAGGAGGUGGCCGCCCACGUCAGCUACAUCAAGAAGUACACGGGCCGCAAGGUGCGGUUCGGCAACAAGGAGUACCUGGAGAUUGACUACGAGCAGGUGGCCGAGGAGGAGCGACGGGCGGCCAGCUACAGCAUAUGGAAUAUGGUGUAGAGUGAGUGUCCUACUGUGUGUCCCUGUGUCCCAGUGUCCCUGUGUCCCAGUGACCCAGUGUCCGCCCCCCAUCGUCUCGUCUUGCCUUUGAGUAGAAUUAAAAAAUUGUUUUCAUUCAAGGAAGGAUUUUUUAAGGAUCUCAACUCGACAUUCAAUUAUGUUAUAGUCUUUCGUCUCUAGCUAGUCGUAUGUGUAAUCUUCCUGUAAAUAGAUUAGCGUUAGUUAACCUAAAGAUAGUCGCAGCCACGAGUAGUAGAAGGCCAAAAUUUGAGUGUAAAUUAUUCCAGGAUCAGUUGAUGGAGCCACCAACUGGAGUUCUAGUCGAUUUCGAUGUUUCCUUUCGUUUAACGCUUUGGAGAGUCUACAUUUUAAGUACUUAUGUGUAAUUAUAAACAAACAAACCAAUUUAAUGUUAAAUAAAGCCGAAAAAUAUUUCAGAAA